AUGACUUUCAAAGGCAUGCUAAAAAUUGUAGUUAACGAUUUUAAAAAGCAACAUGAAGAGAAAAUGUUUUCUAUUGCUAACGAACUAAUGAAAACACGUCGCGAAUUAAAAGAUGUCAAAGAGCAACUUCGUGCUUUACAAUUAAAUCAGAGUACAUCAUCGCCUGAUAUAGCAAGUCUUGCCGGACCGACCAUAAGUCUCUUUGUGCAGUAUUACGAAUUUUUCAAUGAAUUAUGUGAUUUUCAGCAAACAAUGACAGUCAAUCAACUAUUAAUAAAACUCCGACAAAUCACAGGAAUACCCCAAUCUCAUCCGAUACGCAUUCGUGUGCUUAGUAAAGAUGGUUCAACAACAUUGUUUUAUCUUGAUAAAAAAUUUGAUCGUACAUUAGAAUCCUAUGAAGAUGAUUUAAAGCCACGAAUGAUUUUAAAAAUUGAAAAUGAUGAAGAAAGUGGUCUCGAGAAAAAGACCAACCGUUUCCAACGAGCGAAAAGUCUAAGUGAUCCUGGACGAACACAUUCAUAUGAAUCUGAUGUUUAA